ACGAUGGCUCUUGUGCACAUGUCCAGAUUGGUGGUCAGCACCACGUAUAUUUUUGGAAAAGUGAACGGUCUGGGGAAAGCUUUAGCCGCGAAGGGCAGUGGCCCGAAUAUGUGCUAAAGGAGAAGCCUCCUCUCUCCAACUUAUAGCCCACUCACUGGUCUCAACGUCCCCAUGCCUUCAGCAGAUCCGGCUAUUAGCGUUGGCAUGCGCGACAUUAUCGCUUCAGCCGUUGGUUCAGCACGGAUAGAUUUUGAAAUAGAGCAAACGGAAAUAAUGAACCGCUUGAUACCCACCAUACUCGAAGCUACGAGACGAUCGUUAAGCGUGGGUAAUUCCGUUCCUACCAGCAAUGUACCAAAGGCUCCGAUAGUAGCAAGCCAGCCUGGACGACCACUUUUAGGCCAGGGACAACAUAAGUCUUUGGGGCCAACGCAAACGCAUCAACCUAGGAGUUUGCCGUACAUGCAGGCGCCAGUUUCGUCGUACCAACAGGCCGAGGCGUUAUACUUACAGCUACUGCCUUUUGUACCGAGCACCAGCGCUGUCCCAUCAUCAUCGGUACCAGCACCACCAGUUUCGGAAACCGGUGGUCUUAGCUUACCAUCGGUGUACCGGAAUUCUUACGGCCCAGACCAGCCAAACUAUUAUACGCGAUUGAAUGAGAGGCCACAGCAGCCAAAUACCAGUGAGCCACCACCAUAUUUACCGCCGCCGAAUUUACCAGGUCAUUCUUCACACUUUGGAAGGCCUGGAGGCAGCACACACACUAAUAUGACCGCCAAACUAAAUCUGGCUAAGUGGGGAAUUAAAUUUGAUGGAACCUCCAAAACAAUGAACGUUCAAGAGUUUAUAUUUCGUGUUGGCGAGCUUAAAAGAGAUUACGAGAAACUAACUCUUGACUGGUACUGGAACGAAUUCCAGAUUCAAACGCAAAUUCUGAAUCGUCGUCAGCAGCCCCAAGAAUCCUUCGAAGAUUUUUAUAAUGCGGUGAUUCAGUUGCGAAACCAGCAGAAGCAGCCCUAUCGGGAGGCGAAAAUGGUAGAGAUUAUGAGGGGCAAACUGAAAACAGCAUUGGCGCAGAUGAUAUUCUCAGUGAGAGUUAACGACUUGGGGAGCUUCUACAGAGAUGUUAAAAGAGCGGAAAGCCUUCUCGCAAGCCACCGCCAGCAGUACCAGCGCCCUAAUCUGGUGCCACAGCGCGUUCAUGAGUUAGCCUGGGAGGAAGAGUUACGCCCAGAGGCCAUACAAGUGGAUGCAAUUCAGGGCAAAACAAAUUUGAAAUGCUGGAAUUGUGGAGUUGAAGGUCAUAGCUGGGUGGAUUGUGCCGCGCCUAAAAAAUUAUUCUGCUAUAGGUGUGGUCAUGAUGGAGUAACCGUCAGGAACUGCUCGAAAUGUCAGGGAAACCGACAGAGAAUCCCAUCUCAGACUGGAGAGGUGCGGUCGACACCAGUUUAGAUCCAGCCCCAUCGUCUGAUAAAAAGAUCACCCUUCUUAGUAAUCCCCAACAGCAUAAGCAAAGCUCUACAUUUGUCCCGAAGCUGAGAGAAUUGAAGCCGUUACAUGUCCGGGUUCAAGAGUAUAGGGAGACAAAGGCGAGGAUUUUUGGGAUCUCCAAUAAGGUUAAGAAGGAGAUAGAGGGCUUACUCGACAGUGGUGCCACAGUAUACUGUCUGGAUAAAGGUUGUGUCGACUUUGUCGACAAAGCAAAUUUAGUGGUACAUCCAUUCCACUCGUAUAUACACACGGCAGAUGAAAGUCCACAUAAAAUAGUAGGCAGGGUCACAGCCACCGUCUUCUUUAAUAAAAUGUCUCAUGAAAUAACUUUCUUUUUGGUACCGUCUUUGGGAAGGUCUCUUUUCCUCGGCAUAGAUUUUAUGCGCAACUUUUUUUUCAACUUUUUGCCCAAAUUGAGAGUUUGACCGCCAAC